AUGGUGCACUCCAAAGUAGUCAUUAUCGGCUCCGGCCCUGGUGCCCACACAGCCGCCAUCUAUCUCUCCCGCGCCGAGCUCCAGCCCGUUCUCUAUGAGGGCAUGCUCGCCAACGGCACCGCAGCCGGCGGCCAGCUCACAACCACCACCGACGUGGAGAACUUCCCAGGCUUCCCCAAGGGCAUCGGCGGUGCCGAGCUAAUGGAGAACAUGCGCGCCCAGUCCGAGCGCUUCGGCACCGAGAUCAUCACCGAGACGAUCUCCAGACUCGACCUCUCCUCCCGCCCCUUCAGGAUGUGGACCGAGUGGAACGACGACGAAGGCAGCGAGCCCGUCCGCACCGCGGAUGCCGUCAUUAUCGCCACAGGCGCCAACGCCCGCCGCCUCAACCUGCCCGGCGAGGAGACCUUCUGGCAGAACGGAAUCAGCGCCUGUGCCGUCUGCGACGGCGCCGUGCCCAUCUUCCGCAAUAAGCCUCUUUACGUCAUUGGCGGCGGUGACUCUGCCGCCGAGGAGGCCAUGUUCCUCGCCAAGUACGGUAGCAGCGUUACUGUUCUCGUUCGUAAGGACAAGCUGCGUGCUUCCAAGGUCAUGGCCGAGCGUCUGCUCAAUCACCCCAAGUGCAAGGUCCGCUUCAACACCGUUGCUACUGAGGUUCUCGGCGAGAAUAAGCCUAACGGCCUCAUGACACACCUCCGUGUCAAGGACGUUGUUUCUAACAAGGAGGAGGUCGUGGAGGCUAAUGGUCUUUUCUACGCUGUUGGCCAUGACCCCGCCAAUGCCCUCGUCAAGGGCCAGGUCCAGCUCGAUGAUGAAGGUUACAUCGUUACCCAACCUGGUACUAGCUACACCAACGUCCCGGGUGUCUUCGCCUGCGGUGAUGUCCAGGAUAAGCGUUACCGCCAGGCUAUCACCAGUGCAGGAUCCGGUUGUAUCGCCGCUCUCGAAGCUGAGAAGUACCUCGCUGAGGCCGAGACUCACGAACAGCCCGCUGUCGAGACUAAGCGUCCUACUGAUGGCCCUGCCGAGUACAAGUCCAACCCUUUGCUAUAG